UAGGCGCACUACGAGUGUGUGUGGGAGUGUGUGUUUGUUUGUGUCUGAGAGAGACAGAGAAGGAGAGACCCACUGGAUAACCACUGUGUUGUGACUCCAACAGUAGUAACACAGAAGAAGAGCAGCAGAGUGUAUGCUCAGAGUGUACGCUCAGAGGAGUUGGAGGAAAAGUCCAGAGAGGAGGGAGUGAGUGUUGGAAAGAAGUCCCUUCACCUCUCUCCAGAGAGCAGGAGGUAAAGCGUCGGUAAGCAAAUAUUAACGAUCUGACAAAAGAGCACACUCCAUCCCCGUGUCCGUGCUGAUCAGACAGCCUUUACCCUGGAGCCGCGCAACAGACGAGCUGGGACACAUACACACUUGCGAGUGGAGUCCCCGGUCACUUCUCUCCACUCACUCAUGAUCAUCACUCCUGCCACACACCGACACAAAGGCCACGCUGACACAGCCAGGAGGGUGAGGCAGAGAAAAGGACACUUGCCCCGUUGCAAGACUUUGUCAAAGUGAAAGUCCUUCCUGGAUUUUAACCCUGAAACUAGAGUCUUCCUUUUGUGCUGACCUUUCCAAGCAUCCCCCCUUUACCCCACUGCAAAGAUGAGCUGCAGGAAAAGAUGCAAGCGUGAGAUCUUCAAGUUCGCACAGUACCUGUUCAGACUCAUCACAGGCACGCUCAACACCGACAGCGUCGAAGACGAGCUGGAACUAUCGGCAGUCCGCCAUCGCCCAGAAGGCCUGGAACAACUCGAAGCACAGACGCGGUUCUCCCGAAAGGAGCUACAGAUUCUUUACCGCGGCUUCAAGAAUGAAUGUCCCAGCGGGGUCGUCAACGAAGACACUUUUAAAGACAUCUACGCACAGUUCUUCCCGCAAGGAGAUGCCUCGACAUACGCACACUUCCUGUUCAAUGCUUUUGACACGGAUCACAAUGGCUCUGUGAGUUUUGAGGAUUUUGUUAUGGGUCUCUCUAUCCUCCUGCGUGGCACAGUCCAGGAAAAACUCAACUGGGCCUUCAACCUUUAUGAUAUCAAUAAAGACGGAUAUAUCACUAAAGAGGAAAUGCUGGACAUCAUGAAGGCCAUCUACGACAUGAUGGGAAAAUGCACAUACCCCGUCCUCAAAGAGGAGACGCCCCGUCAGCACGUAGAAGUAUUCUUUCAGAAGAUGGAUAAGAACAAAGACGGCGUGGUAACCAUAGACGAGUUCAUCGACUGUUGCCAAAACGAUGAAAACAUCAUGCGAUCGAUGCACCUCUUUGAAAACGUUCUUUAAUUUUCGGCUGGCUGUGGAGGAUUUGGAAGAGACCAUCAUCUUUAGCUUGGCCCAGUUACUGACUUGGACUCAUACUGUGUACAGUGUGCUAUGCAGACUUUUUGACCAUAGAUACAGUUAUUCUUCAUUACAGAGGGCCUCAGUUGUAAGUAGGCGGUAUAGGCGUGGACACUCUGGAGCUGGUUGCCGCUUUCUUUUAAACAAAUUCGGGAAACUUCUAAGUGAAAUAGUGAAAAUGGAUUAAAAGGAGAUGCUUCAAAAUGAAACCAUUAACUUUAAGGUUGAUUUCCGCCUUCUGUCUCUGGAGUGUCUUUGUGUUUGCCGAACUCUGCCUAAGACGUCUAACGAAAGGCUUCAGACAGAUUCUGUUCUGUUUUAUUUACUGCCAAAUCAGAUCACUGUGACUUUCUGCAGCAUCAGAAACACCCGAACAAAACAUCGGGUGUAACGUCACACUCCGUCUGCUUUUACAUUCCAGACCGGCUCCCAAUUCCAGAGUGUUCCCUCCCGAUUUAGUUAGCCAUCGUGGUCUGUCUUUCUGCUCUUUGAAGGAACUGUUUAGAGGGGGAAAAAAGAAAAAACAAUACAUUUUACCAUUUUAAACUGUACAUAAUAUAAAAAACAUUAUUAGAUAAGAACUCUUUGAGAAACUUUUGUUCUUGUUUACUUGCCAACUAGAAUGAGACAACACAAGGAUUGUAUUGAUGUCAAACUUGGACCAUAAUAUCGAUGGUUUGUCUACAGAAGCACACAGGUAGCUCUACUUAUGAUGUUAUACAACCAUUUCUUUGUCACAGGAGAAAUGCUGCUUUCAGUGGAAUUCAUUUAACCUCAUGUAUGUAUAUUUCCUGUAAAGUAAAAUCAUCCAUCAGUAUGUUUUUCUUUGGGUUUUAUGAGUUUACACUAGGAGCAAUGCUUGGGAUUAUUUAUAAGGUGUUCAGGUCAGGUGUACAGUAUUACAUGAAAAGUCACCCUCGGGUGAUUUUCAGGUCUUUAGAUUUGUUCAUAUGAGUCACUGUUUUUAAUAAGAAAGGCCAGUGGGGUUUGGUUAUUGGUACAAACUUUGUAUUAUACUCAUUAGUUUGGGUUUUCUUGCUGUUUCUCUCCUCCUCCUCCAUCCUGUGGGAUGCAGCUGCCCACACCGAUUCAGCCUGAUUGGUUUGAUUGGCUCCCAAAUGUUAGCAAAAACUACAGGAUUAUUGAGAGAAGUGUCUCAAGUGUGUCUGAGUGUUUCUGUCUGACAUGCGCUCUCUUUUUUUCUUGCUCUUUUUCACAGAGACUUGGAUAUUAGACACAGGAAGUAGGCAGAAAUACGACUUAUACUUGAGAGCUGUGGUUUAUGGUUAAUGUGUCGCAACAUUUAAUGGUUCAUCAUGUUUGUCCUUCGAAGUGUACAGUGUGUUUCUAUGAUGUAUCACUGGGAGUCGGGAACAUAUGAACCUCCUCGGUGAGGCAUGUUAAUCAUCCAUAAUUUAGUAAAGAAAAUGACACUUUU